CAACGUCACGUGCAGUUGUGGACUCAGCGGCACCGUUGAGAUGAGCUCGCUAAUGACGGAGCUGCUCACCUGUUAGUGACACACGACGUGCGUCGGACCCAAACACGCAGCGAAAAACAUACUUUGGUCUCACAUUGUGUAUCAUCAGUGGCUCACUGUCACAAUGGAUGUCUCACCCAUCUCUAUACCCUGUCAUUUUAUAAUGAAGCCUACAGACAAACCCUACAUACCUAGCUAGCAAUACAUUUUGAUUUAUUUCCAUUAGCGCUUCUAGGACUGAACUAAGUGGUUUUUUAAUCCAUUUUGUGAUAGAAUUUUGUAUAUAAACACAUACUACCUCAUUAAUCCCCAUCAAACCACAGUGAAUUGGCUUGGUUUAACAACUUAAAUACAUUUAUUGCUAUCAGUGAUGGAUACAACUACAUUAGCAACCCUGGCUGCUGCCGCUACCGUGGCUCUGGCCUCUCAGUCUACCAUGACAGGCUACUUGUGGCUGUUGGUAUUAGGCUUCAUCAUUGCCUUCAUCCUGGCUUUCUCUGUGGGGGCCAAUGAUGUGGCCAACUCCUUCGGGACAGCAGUAGGCUCUGGAGUGGUCACCUUGCGCCAGGCCUGCAUCCUGGCCACAAUAUUUGAGACGGUAGGCUCUGUGCUGCUGGGCGCCAAAGUCAGCGAGACCAUCCGAAAGGGGAUCAUUGACGUGCAGAUGUACAACGGCUCUGAACACGUCCUGAUGGCAGGAUCAAUAAGUGCAAUGUGCGGCUCUGCUGUGUGGCAGCUGGCUGCAUCAUUCCUAAAGCUCCCCAUUUCUGGAACCCACUGUAUUGUUGGAGCCACAAUUGGCUUCUCCAUGGUAGCCAGAGGUCACCAAGGGGUCAAAUGGAUGGAGCUGCUGCGCAUUGUGGCCUCCUGGUUCCUGUCACCUGUGCUGUCAGGCAUCAUGUCAGGAAUUCUUUUCUAUUUAGUUCGCAAAUUCAUUCUGAACAAGGCUGACCCUGUCCCCAACGGCCUCAGAGCUCUCCCUGUCUUCUACGCCAUCACUAUGGGCAUCAACCUCUUCUCCAUCAUGUUUACAGGAGCACCACUGUUGGGUUUUGACAGAGUGCCAUGGUGGGGUACACUGUGCAUUGUGCUGGGCUGUGCCUUCGUCACAGCUUUGGUCGUUUGGUUCGUUGUCUGUCCAUACCUCAAGAAGAAAAUCAAAAAAGAAACAGUUGCUGCUCCCUGUCAAACUCCACUGAUGGAGCAGAACUCCAGCAAUCCUGCGCCAGAAGAGCAGCCCUCAACUCCUCAUGAGCCUCAGCCCCAGACUCCUCCUGUGGAGAGUCAGAAGGUUGCUUUCAAACUUGGAGGCUCAGAGGAAGCUGAUUUGGACAAUAAUGACAUGGAAACCAAAGAUUUGGACAUCAGCAAUGGACUGAAUGGGACUUUUGGCCCCAUGAUGAUCACUGAUCCGCACAGUGGACGGUCACACACGAUCCACAAAGAUUCUGGUCUUUACAAAGACCUGCUACACAAGCUUCACAUGGCGAAGGUCGGUGACUGCAUUGGUGACAGUGACACAGAGGAGCGGCCCAUCAGGAGGAACAACAGCUACACCUCCUACACCAUGGCUAUUUAUGGCAUUCAAGGGGAUCCGAAAUACAAGGACCUGGAUGGUGGGCUGCAGGGAAGGCCGAGGGUGGACAGUUACAGCAGCUACAGCUCAGCUGUGACCAAUAGGAGUGCGGUCCAGGAAGAGAGCGUGGCUCUGGAAGCUGGCAGGGACCUCACUGUGGAGGAGGAUGAACUGGAGGUCGACCAACCAGCUGUCUCUUUGCUUUUCCAGUUCCUGCAGAUACUCACAGCGUGCUUUGGCUCCUUUGCUCACGGAGGGAACGAUGUGAGCAAUGCCAUUGGUCCUCUGGUUGCUCUGUGGCUUCUGUAUGAGAGCGGCUCUGUGGCGUCCAAUGCUCCAACACCCAUUUGGUUGCUUCUUUACGGCGGAGUGGGCAUCUGCGCUGGACUCUGGGUAUGGGGACGAAGAGUGAUGCAGACCAUGGGCAAAGACCUCACACCCAUUACACCCUCCAGUGGAUUCAGCAUUGAGCUGGCUUCAGCAAUCACAGUUGUUGUGGCAUCCAAUGUUGGUCUUCCUGUGAGCACAACCCACUGCAAGGUGGGAUCUGUGGUGGCUGUGGGAUGGCUGCGCUCCAGGAAAUCAGUUGACUGGCGUCUGUUCAGGAACAUCUUCAUCGCCUGGUUUGUCACAGUUCCUAUCUCUGGGCUGAUCAGUGCUGCCAUCAUGGCGCUCUUCGUGUACGUUGUUCUGUGAGUCUCUCACUCCACCUGACGGACUGCUACCAGCAGUUUUUGUUUGACUGACAGAUAAAACUGUGCGAACAAACACGUUCCAUUUGCCCUCUCUUUAUAAUAUCAUUCAGUGUCAUUUAAGUCAAGACAAUGAUGUUAUCUCACAGGAAAAUGUCCAUAAAUGAUGUAUGAUCUAAUAACCCUGUCCAAAUAUCCUGUGAUCUUGUAUAUCCCUAUGUAUAUUUGUAUAAAUGCAAUAUGUAUUAAAAUUCCAAUAUUUCAAUUUUGACUGAAAAACAACAAAUAACAGUUGCUUGAUUUAAAGGGAUUUUAAUGUCUUUUAUUCACUAUUAAACAUUUUCCACUGAAUCUUAGUUAGUGAGUGUGAAUGUGGGUGGGCUGGGUUAAUAAAAACAAAAACACUGAGGUAGUUUUUUUUACACACUACAACUCUUGACAAAGGUUCAUUAUUGUGUAAAUGAAACAACACCCACUUCAAGCUUUGUUUUCAUGUAUAGUAUUUGAGAAAAUAAAGGUAAUGCUUUUCUCAAUUGUCUCAUUAGUUAUACCUACUAUACUAUACUGCUACUUGUGAAGACUGGUAAACACUUGAUUUUUUUUUUAUUUUUUAAAAUAUACCGAAUCAGUAUUUUAUCGUGUACUCGAUUCUUCAUGUAACACUAAGCAAUAAAGGCACAAAAGGGUUUUUCUA